AUGGCGAGUGGCUUGGCCGGCAAGAUUCGCCGUGCAACCGAGUCGGAUGAGUUCGACCUCAGCGGUUACGACCAGGCGCGAUGCAAUGAGCUUGCAAAAGCUGCUUUCAGCGAGCCGAUGGCUUUGAAGGAGAUGGUCCGGCUCUCUUUCGUGGUGGGCGGUGGCAAGCUGGUUCGGCAGAAGUACUCGGACGACCUGCCCAAGCACUUCUGUGGUGCGCUGACGCUCAUUGGCUUCCAGGAGGACAACAGCGCGACAAUCGAGCAGGGAUCAGCUGGAAAGUUCAAGUUCCAGCACGACACGAACAAGAAUUUGAAAUUUGUUCACGUGUUCCCAAAAUUGUCCGGCGAGGUGCAGACAGCAGCUGCAGGAGAGGAGGAGGAGGCGGCAGAGGAGGCAGCAGCAACGCCUACGGACCUCCUGCUCCGCAGUGACGACUCGGAGUUUCUCCGCCUCCUCCAGGUGCAGGUGGUAACAUAUGCAGAGAAGAAGACGUUGCUUGACAUCCUGAAGCAGCGAAUCUCCGACUUGGAGGCCAUCGAGGCGAAGAUGGCCCGCCUGGAGCGCCCAGAUGCCUCUGAGGAGGCGCUCUUCAAUGACGUCGGGGCGGAGGAUCUCAAAGAGAAGAAGAAAGUAGUGGAAAGUGAAAUGAAAGCCAUGGUGGAUUCCGGGCGCCUCACCUUGGCAGAAAAAGCAGACCUCCUCGAGCAAUUGGAAGGGAAACUCUCUCAAGCCAAUGCCGAGAUGUCGAAAGCGCAGCAAGACGGGAAAGCCAAGAAGGCGCAGGCCCUUCAGCAGCAGCUCGAGAUCCUGCAAAGCACAAAGGCUUCUCUGAAAGCAGCUGAACCGGCUCCCUUGCCGCCUUUGAAGCACGGCGCCAAAAUCCGAGAGCUGCGCUUGAAGCUCGCGGGGUUGGCCCAGAUUGAGAAGGUGUCGAAAGGGCACUACUCUCUGGAUGAGCUGAAGAGGCUCGGAGAGCGGCCUGAGAUUGAGGAGGCUGUGGAAGAGCUGGAGAGGCGAGCCAAAGGAUGGUUGGAAAGCGACGAGGUCUUCCAGGAGCGCCUGGAGGCAAACCUUCGUGUUGGUCUCAAGAAGGCCACCGGCCGCGGUGGCGGAGGGUAUACCGCGGUCAGCUCUGGGGCCCGCCCGGCCAAAGCAAAGGCUUCUGGUCCGUCUGUCCGCAAUGGCUUCAGUGCCCUGGCUUGA